GACUGCGGCGCGGCGGGGCGAUGUGUGAUUACCAUGGCGAGGAGUCUCUGUCCGGGGGCCUGGCUAAGGAAACCCUGUUACCUCCAGGCUCGCUUCUCAUAUGUGCGAAUGAAAUAUCUUUUCUUUUCCUGGUUGGUGGUUUUUGUUGGAAGCUGGAUUAUAUAUGUGCAAUACUCUACCUAUACAGAACUAUGCAGAGGAAAGGACUGUAAGAAAAUAAUAUGUGACAAGUACAAGACUGGAGUUAUUGAUGGGCCCGCAUGUAAUAGCCUUUGUGUCACAGAAACUCUUUACUUUGGAAAAUGCUUAUCAACCAAGCCCAACAAUCAGAUGUAUUUAGGGAUUUGGGAUAAUCUACCAGGUGUUGUGAAAUGUCAAAUGGAACAAGCACUUCAUCUUGAUUUUGGAACUGAAUUGGAACCAAGGAAAGAAAUAGUGCUAUUUGAUAAGCCAACUAGGGGAACUACUGUACAGAAAUUCAAAGAAAUGGUCUACAGUCUCUUUAAAGCAAAGUUGGGUGACCAAGGCAACCUCUCUGAACUGGUUAAUCUCAUCUUGACAGUGGCUGAUGGAGACAAAGAUGGCCAGGUUUCCUUGGGAGAAGCAAAGUCAGCAUGGGCACUUCUUCAAUUAAAUGAAUUUCUUCUCAUGGUAAUACUUCAAGAUAAAGAACAUACCCCCAAAUUAAUGGGAUUCUGUGGUGAUCUCUAUGUGAUGGAAAGUGUUGAAUAUACCUCUCUUUAUGGAAUAAGCCUUCCAUGGGUCAUUGAACUUUUUAUUCCAUCUGGGUUCAGAAGAAGCAUGGAUCAGUUGUUCACACCAUCAUGGCCUAGAAAGGCUAAAAUAGCCAUAGGACUUCUAGAAUUUGUGGAAGAUGUUUUCCAUGGCCCCUAUGGAAACUUCCUCAUGUGCGAUACUAGUGCCAAAAACCUAGGAUAUAAUGAUAAGUAUGAUUUGAAAAUGGUGGACAUGAGAAAAAUUGUGCCAGAGACAAACCUGAAAGAACUUAUAAAGGAUCGUCACUGUGAGUCUGAUUUGGACUGUGUCUAUGGCACGGAUUGUCGAACUAGCUGUGAUCAGAAUACAAUGAAGUGUACCUCAGAAGUGAUCCAACCAAACUUGGCAAAAGCCUGUCAGUUACUCAAAGACUACCUGUUGCGUGGUGCUCCAGUUGAAAUUCGUGAAGAAUUAGAAAAGCAGCUGUAUUCCUGUAUUGCUCUCAAAGUCACAGCAAAUCAAAUGGAAAUGGAACAUUCUUUGAUACUAAAUAACCUAAAAACAUUACUGUGGAAGAAAAUUUCCUACACAAACGACUCUUAGUUCAUUUGGACAUUGUGACCAUUUUAAGAAACUUAGCACUUCAAAAGAAAAAUCUUGAACAUUUUUUUCUAAAUGGCUUGAUUCAAAUCCUUGCCAGUUAUCACAUAACUCCUUUCCCUGAUCCUAAGGAAGCCAUCAUCUUAAAAUACAUGUUGAUUGCUGAAGUAAUGGCAGGAGGUAUAGGAUCAAAAGGUCCAAAAAUAUUCAUUCCUGCCCUUUUAGAAACGCUGGUACAUUUCCUAGUACAUUCACUGUGUAACUAUUUUGACUAAUGACUUAAAAAUGCUGUGAAAAGCCUCAUUCCAUAAACAUCAACGGUCAGAGUAUUUUGUAGAUUUGUUAGCCAAAAUAUCAGUGCUGGAAAUUGUGUUUGCAUUGAAGCUGCUGUUUAAAAAAGAAAAUUUAUAAAUUUACUAAUGUCUCAGCAUGGUAAAGUUUGCACAUUAACAGAAAUUAAGACUGCAAACCAGGUAAAUUAAAAUUACUCCUUUAUAAACA